CUGCCUCAACCCCGCUGCCAUCUCUUUUUCUUCUUCUUCCUCUUCUUCUUCAAGUGCAGCAGCCUUCCCCCUCUUGACUCUUGCUUGCACAUCCCCUCGGGAAAGAAGAAGCCAACCCACAAGAAGAACAAGUCACUUUCGAGUGCAACAGCCUCCAAGAUGGUCAUGGAGCAAUAUACCUACGUCUUCGCCAUUGGCACCAUGUUCGCCAUGCUCGACGCCUACAACAACGGUGCCAACGACGUCGCCAACGCCUGGGCCACCAGUGUCUCCUCCCGCUCCAUCACCUACCGUCAAGCCAUGGUUCUCGGUACCAUCUUCGAAAUGGUCGGUGCUAUUGCCGUCGGUGCUAGAACUGCCGAGACCAUCAAGAACGGCAUCAUUCCCUCCGACACCUUCAAGGGUGAUGCCGGUGUCCAGAUGUUGGCCUUUACUUGCGCUCUCGUCGGUGCCUCUACCUGGGUCAUGUGGUGCACACGCAACUCUGCUCACGUUUCUUCCACCUACUCUCUGAUUUCUUCCAUUGCUGGUGUCGGUGUCGCCACGGUUGGCGCAAAACGGGUUCAGUGGGGAUGGAACAAGGGCAAGGGUCUCGGUGCCAUCUUCGCUGGUCUCGGUAUGGCUCCUGCCAUCGCCGCCAGCUUCGGUGCCUGCAUCUUCAUGCUCAUCAAGGUUGUUGUGCACAUGCGCAAGAACCCCGUUCCCUGGUCCAUCUACACUUCUCCCUUCUUCUUCCUCAUCGCCGGAACCAUUUGCACUCUUUCCGUCGUCUACAAGGGUUCCCCCAAGCUCGGUCUCAACAAGAAGCCCGCCUGGUACAUCGCUUCGGUUUGCUUGGGUACUGGUUUUGGUCUCGCCCUUCUCUCCGCCCUCUUCUUCGUCCCUUACAUCUACUGCAAGGUCAUCAACCGCGACCACACCCUCAAGUGGUACCAUGUCUUCCAGGGCCCUCUUCUCUUCAAGCGCCCUGCUCCCGCCGAUGGCCAGGUUCUCGUUCCCAACUACGCCGUUGUUCAGCACGAUGAUCCCGCCGAGUCCAACACUCCUUCGUUGAGCGACGAGGAAGACCCCAAGAAGGGCGCACAGGAUGCCAUUAGACCCGCCACUUCCGAGAAGGGUACCGUCCACGACUCCGAGAACCAACAGCUCACCUACCAGGAGCUCGUGGCACAGGGUCAGGAGAGGUUCCAUGCUAAGCUUCGCCAGGGCCGCGGCCCUCUUGCCUGGGCCAUGCGCACUCUUCACAACAACCCCAUUGGCGCCGGUGAAAUCUACGAGAAGAAGAACAUGCUCACUCUCUUGAGGCGCAUCCCUGCCAUGUGCGUCGUCGCUCUUCUUUACGGUCUCCACUACGAUAUCCACGCCGCCCAGAGUGGUAUUCACGGUACCCCCGAGGGUGCCCGUAUGGAGCGUGUCUACUCGGCCGCCGAGAAGUAUCCCAACGAGGUCGAGUUCGCCUACUCUUUCAUCCAGAUCAUCACCGCCUGCACUGCUUCUUUCGCGCACGGUGCUAAUGAUAUCGGAAACUCUGUGGGACCAUGGGCUGUCAUCUACUACACAUGGCAAACCGGCAAGAUCUCCGGCAAGAACACUCCUGUCGACACAUGGCAGAUUGCCGUCCUUGCUCUGACCAUCUCUGCGGGUCUCAUCACCUACGGCUACAACAUCAUGAAAGUCAUGGGUAACAAGAUCACCUACCACUCUCCUUCCCGUGGAUCCUCCAUGGAGAUGGGUGCCGCCAUCACUGUGCUCGUCUUCUCGCAAUACUCCCUUCCCGUCUCCACCUCCAUGUGCAUCACUGGUGCCACUGUCGGUGUCGGUCUUUGCAACGGUACCAUCCGCGCUGUCAACUUCCAGCGUGUUGGUCUCCUUGUCUUCUCCUGGAUCAUGACCAUCCCUGUUGCCGGAACCAUUGGUGGUGUCCUCAUGGCCCUCAUCCUCAACGCCCCUCACUUCAAGUCAUAG